GUAAAGUAUAUAAAUGGUCUCCAUGUUAGAGAUGAAGUAGAUUUUAGACUUUUCAUCCCUGAGGAGACACAUCUUCAGUUUCUCUCUGCGCCACAGAAAAAGGAACAGUCACAAUGAAGCUUUUGGUGUUCAUGAUGUGUCUGGUGGUCACUACCUUGACUGCUCCUGUUCCGGGGAGCGAAAGCAACGAGGAAAAACAGGUUGCGGCACAUGCCAACGAAGCCCUGAGGUGGAUGGAGAUGUACAGGAUGUACCAGCAGCAGGGAGUAGUCGGAAACCCCUUCCUUCCUGCUGCUGAUGCUCCUGCUGCUCCAGCUGCUGCAGCAGUAGUGGAUGCUGCACCAGCCCAGCCUGCUGAUGUUCCUCCUCCUGCUCCCAUUGCUAAUGAAGAUGCAUCAGAGGAGGAGGCAGAGGAUGGCAACCCUGCCCCUAAAGCUGCAGCACCUGGUGCUCCUGCUGCCCCCCUAAACUCUGAUGAAGCAGAGGAAGUCGAAGAGGUGGAGGCAGCCGAGGCUGAACCGGCUGUGGUUGAAGCAGCACCGGCAGAGCCGGCAGCAGAAGAGCCGGCAGCAGCAGAGCCGGCAGCAGCAGAACCGGCAGCAGCAGACCCUGCAGCAGCUGUCGAGCCAGCUGUGGUUGACGUCCCUGUAGAUGCUGCACCAGUUGAUGCUGUUGUUGUUGAUGUGCCCCCUGUUGAUGUGGUUCCUGUUGAUGUUGCCCCAGAAGCUCCCGUUGAUGCUGCUGCUGAUGCCCCUGCUGAUGUUGAUGCGGGUGCCCCAGUGGCAGCUGAGACUGACAUGGCUGGAGCAGCAGCAGAUCCUGUUGCACUGUAGUUAUUCCUCUUAUUACCAAAC